UUGUCUUUUGUUUUCUUAUUUACAGUUAAUUAAUUGUCUCUAAAUUUGUUAACUUUUUACUAAUUAUAAUUAUUUAUUAUUCUUUUCAAUGUUUAAUCUAUGGAGUCUUUUUAUCCUGAAAGUUUUCUUUUAAAAGAUUAGAUGUUUGGAGAUCUAAAGUGAAGAGUUUAUUUUGAGUGGAAGAGAAAAAGAUUCAAGAGAAAAAAAGAAAGAGUCAAUUCAUUGGGUUUAUAUUUUUUUUCUAUUCUAUUUUUAUUGUUUAUUUAUUAUUCUUUUUGUUUUCCUUGUGUUAUCAAUUAUGCCACGAAUAAACCAACAGUUUAGUCUUAUUGAAGAUCCACCGAAAUCUUCAAUUCUUUCACCCAGUUCACCAUCUUCAAGGAGACCACAGGAGGUCAGUUCAAUGGAGUCACCGCCUAUGGUGACCAGAAGUAUGUGUUCAGGGGAAUGUCCUUCUAAUUCACUUACUGGACGUGGAUGGAGAAAGAAAAGUGGAAAAACUACCCCUAGUGCUCCGGUCGAUCAUCAUUAUCAUCAUGAGCAUCAUUCGCAUCUUCAUCACCAUUACCAUAAAAGUCCCUAUAUGGUUGAACCACGUAAAGGAUUGGCUGAGAUGUCGGAUGACAAUGAUGAUGAUAUGGAAGAAACUCAGAGAAGAAUAACAAAACGUCGGUUAGUUGGAGGAGGAGGAGAUGAUGAUGAUAGUUCAGAUGAGGAAAUUACUCUGAUCAGACGGACAACCAAUAAAAUAAUGACUUCCAUUGAGAUCUCUAGUCGUAAAAUGAACUCAGUUCAUCCAAGUUUCACUAAACUUGCCUUUAUCUCACUUUUACUGCCAAUUUCAGUCUUCCUUUUCUCUUGGUAUUAUUAUGAUUAUUCACCGGCGAUAUUUUCACCCUUUCAACAUCAAACACCUCAACAAGCCGCUCUACUUUCAUCUGUAUCUUCAUCUUCUUUACCUAAAUCAACUUCACCUACUGGUCAACCUUUACCAUCUUCACCUUUCUCCCCACCGAUAACACCAUCGUCAAAUAGUCAAUCUUUUUGCAAUCUAACCUCAUCUUGUCCUUCACAAGAAGAAAUUGUCAUUCUCAACAAACGAUUAGAUAAACUGGAACAACUUGUUCUCAAACUGACAGAUGAAAACACCAAAGGAACAAAGUUUAUCAAUUCUGUUAAUGAGAAAGUUUCUAUUCUUGACCGAGAAAAUCGUAAAAAUUUUGCCUCAAUCGAUGAAAGAUUUGAUCUUAUUGCUCAAAAAAUUGAAGAUGCUAUCGAAGUGAACAUCAAAGUCGCUAAAAGUCAGGAAACACCAACAGUUGAAGGAAUUGGAGAGAUGAUUAAACAAGCAAUUUACUUAUAUGAUUCUGAUAAAACGGGUAAAGCUGAUUACGCUUUGGAAUCAUCAGGUGGUUCAAUUGUUACAUCUCGAUGUUCAGAGACCUACGAUCCUCAUGGAAUCAAAUAUAGUGUUUGGGGAAUUCCAAUUUGGUUCACUUCAAAUUCACCACGAACCAUGAUUCAAGCAUCAAUGGCACCCGGUGAAUGUUGCUUUCCCGGUUCCAUGGGUAAUGUUACCAUUAAAUUAUCUGCUCGAAUCAUUCCAACUGAAUUCUCAUAUGAACACAUCGCCAAAGAAAUUUCCCGUGAUGGUAACAUUUCAUCAGCACCCAAGGCGAUACAAAUUCGUGGUCUACGAGAUGAAAAUGAUUUCGAUGGUGUUUUACUUGGAAAUUAUAUCUAUCAAGAUAACGAUCGUCCACUUCAACAUUUUCAAGUUCAAAAUAACAAAGCCCGUCCAUUCAAUUACAUCACAUUAAUUGUCUUGAGUAACCAUGGACAUAAUGAGUACACUUGCCUUUAUCGAUUCCGUGUUCAUGGUCACAAGGCUGAAUAAUAUUGAAAGAUAAUCAUCAUCUUCUACCCACCGGUGAUAUUAACAUGAUAUCAUCAAAAGUGAAAAACAAAAAUACCAAAAGAAAAAUCAAAUCACCGAUAAUCAAAGCACCGCACCCAUGAUGAGAUCACAAUAAUCAAGUUUAAAAAGAAAUCUCAAUUUGAUAAACAAAAACACAAACUCACAAAACAUUCACAUGGAAACUGAAGCUCUCUCUCUCUCUCUCUCUCUAUUUAUGACACAACAAUUUAACAACAAUUAUUUACUUCAUCACAAAAAUCAUCACCUUGCUCACCUUUAAAUCAAUUAUUAUUCUCUCUCAUUAAUUUUCUAUUGUCUUCUUCAUCUUCAACUACCUUUUCAAGUGCCAAUCACAAAACAACGAAACAAAUUACCGAAAAUUUAUUCUACAGUUAUAUAUUUCUUCACAUCCGACCAAAAUCUAAUCAAUUGAUUAAGGACAACCAAUCUGAUUCUAAUCAAAAUUUUCCCUCUAACCUUAACCUUUACUGUGUGUGUUUACCUUUAAGGUGAAAAUCAACUGCAACCUCCCAACCCCAAAGGCACAAUUAUGUUUACCAUUACAAAAUUUGAUAUAUUUUCAAAUUGCCGAUUAAUAUUAUUACCAUUAUUAUUAUUUCAAUUGAAUCAACUAUGCAAAUAAGACAAUCAAAUAGUCAUUGUUAAUAAUAAUGGUAAUAAUGUUCUUUGUCAAAGAAAAAAAAACUAAUUCAGUUAAUUGAACCAAUCAUCAAUUAACUGUUUCAAUUCAGCAUCUGAUUAUUUUCACUCUCUGACAACUUUGAUUUAAGAAUCAUUUCUAAUCAUUUCCCUUUUUUUAUAUACAUAUAACAACAAUUAACAAAUUCUGAUUUACUACAAUUAUUUACCUUUCUCUGUAACUUUACAAUUAACAAAAUUUUUUUCUUAAUUUACGAUUAUAAUUAACAAUUAACUUAUUAUUUUCUUUCUCUCAUGUGUAAACACAAUUGCAAACAAUUUCUACUUUUGCUGACAAAUCACAAUUAACUACAUUCUGUUUAUCUCAAAAGUGAAUCAAUGUCUCCUCAUUAGAAAUGAUUAGUUGAUUGUACAAAUCAAAGACAGAAAAAUAUAAACCAAAAUGAUUAAGACAAAACUAUUUGAAUAGAACAAAAAUCAAUUAAAAACAAUUGUACUGUGAAA